CGGUACCGCAUCAAUUUCCACCAUGGGUAGCCUGACCUUCAGAGCAGGACCCCUCAGUCUCAAUCCGACAACUGACCCCUGCGCUGGGUGGGCUCGAUUGGGCCCGACUUCAGCCCUUUUGCCCUUCCAUUUUGCGGCGACUGGCUUCAAGAGAGUUCCUUCUCCACGACUACUUCCUCUCCAUUGUCUCUAAGUUGGUCUCUUUGGCUGCCGGCGUAGCGUUGGGGAGGAAUACGCCGCGAAGUCGCCGGUGUACUCACGCCCAGCAGAGGCUGACUUUUCCGCUCAAUUGCGUGGAAGAGGACCGGCCGGUGAACAGCAGAAAUGGCGUCCAAUCAGGUGAGCAAGAAGAGGAAGUUCGUCGCAGAUGGAGUGUUUUUUGCGGAGCUGAACGAGUUUCUGACUCGGGAAUUGGCAGAAGAUGGAUACUCCGGCGUGGAGGUACGUGUGACGCCCAUGAGAACGGAGAUCAUCAUCCGUGCGACGCGCACGCAGAUGGUUUUGGGAGAGAAGGGCCGACGUAUCAGGGAGCUGACAUCGGUUGUGCAAAAGAGGUUCAAUUUCCCUGAGAACACCGUCGAGCUUUACGCGGAGAGGGUGACGAACAGAGGUCUGUGCGCCAUUGCGCAGGCGGAGUCGUUGAGGUACAAGCUGCUCGGCGGGCUGGCUGUGAGACGGGCAUGUUAUGGUGUCCUGCGGUUCAUCAUGGAGAGUGGAGCGAAGGGUUGCGAGGUCAUCGUCAGCGGCAAGCUGAGGGCUCAGCGUGCCAAGAGCAUGAAGUUCAAGGAUGGCUAUAUGAUCUCCUCUGGUAGCCCUGUCAACGAUUACAUCGACGCUGCCGUCCGCCACGUCAUGCUUAGGCAGGGAGUGUUGGGAAUCAAGGUCAAAAUCAUGCUUGAGUGGGAUCCUAAGGGCAAGCAGGGACCAUCGAAUCCUCUUCCUGAUGUGGUGACCGUCCACCCGCCGAAGGAGGAUGAGCAUUUCGGCAAGCCGUACAUCGGGAAGGAGAUCGAGUAGAUUGAGUAAUUUGACUAAGUACUAUGCUCUAAUCCCCCCGCAGAUGAGUGGUUUGAUGCCAUCAUCAGGUGUCGUCAGAGGCAGCGCGGCAGAGUGGGAUGACCGCCGCUUUUCUUACGUGUUACCUGUGGAGGCUUUAACGCCGAGAGAGAGACCAGGAUUUGCGGGUAGAUUAGUGAUUUGCUGACAAUGUUUUUGUCAGUUAAACGUAAUCAGAUCCCUUCUCUUCCCCCGAUCUUUCGUGCUGUCCUGGCGGCGACGAGACCCCUCCGUCCACUCUUCAUCUUUUCUUGUCGUCGGGGGAAGGUCUGCGGUUCACGGGGUCUUCACAUGGGCGGACGGGUAAUGGAACGGUCGGAGCACCGAGAACAGACGGUGGUAUUUUGUUUUGAAGGGCGAGUUCUUCUGUCCUGAUGUGCUGAGUUGAUGGCAUUCGUUGUGUCACUUUUUGGAACGUCUUUUGUCCUCUUUUAUACAGAUGUCCCUUCCCUUCCUUUUGGGCAAUCGGAGAGAUCUCUGCGUCUGUGACGUGUGUGUGUGACCCCUUUUCGCUCUCCUCAACUUCUUUCUGUCGUGGCAAUUGAAAUAACCACCUCCUUUCUCUCUCCGCUCGAAUCGAAAAGAGCACAACGAUGAAAGCCGUCAUCGGAAAUUGCUAUAAGCAUUGGUAGUCCCGAUGUACAGGGACUGCGGGGGGGUUCCUCUGGAGUAUCUUGAAAUCGGGGGGUCUGUAUUGGGUCAUUAAGGUUGAACAGGGACUAUGGGGUUUCCUUGAUGGGUGGGGAAGAAGAGGGGGGGKGGAGGGGGGGGGGGUGGUUAGCGUGGAAUUUGUCAAAUACGACAAUACUCAUUGUGUUCUUCCCAAUCCAUAACUCUUUGAAUCUCGUAACAGGUGACCAGCGUCUUCACCCGAAUAGAACGCCCGGUAAUUGUCGCCAUAUCUGGACGGAAAAGUGCUCCAUAUACAGCUUUUUAGGAUGACUGGGCGUUGUAUUCGGGUAAAUACACUUCG